AUGGUUUCCGGUUCAGGUGCUUGCGCUAAGAGGGUCGUUGUCGAUGCAAGGCAUCACAUGCUAGGAAGACUAGCAUCCAUUGUUGCCAAGGAGCUUCUAAAUGGUCAGAAGGUUGUUCUUGUUAGGUGCGAGGAAAUCUGCAUUUCCGGUGGCUUAGUUAGGCAGAAAAUGAAAUACAUGAGGUUUCUGAGGAAGAGGAUGAAUACUAAACCUUCUCAUGGUCCUAUUCAUUUUCGUGCUCCGUCAAAGAUCUUCUGGCGUACUGUUCGUGGAAUGAUACCACACAAGACAAAGAGGGGAGAGGCGGCGCUUGCCCGAUUGAAGGUUUACGAGGGUAUUCCGCCACCAUAUGACAAAAUUAAGAGAAUGGUGGUUCCAGAUGCACUCAAGGUGUUGAGGCUUCAGAAGGGACAUAAGUACUGUCUGCUUGGACAGUUGUCUUCAGAGGUCGGAUGGAACUACUACGACACCAUCAAGGAGCUGGAGAAGAAGAGAAAGGAGAGGGCACAUUUGAAUUAUGAGAAGAAGAAGCUACUCAAUAAAUUGAGGGUUAAAGCUGAGAAGAUUGUAGACGAGAAGCUUGGUCCCCAACUUGAAAUCCUUGCUCCGGUUAAAUACUGA